GAGUCGCCGGGCGGGAAUCGCCGGGCGGGAGUCGCCAGGCCUCCUUUCUGUGGUGCAGCUUUGGGUCCCGGAGUUUGGCACCUACUCUGACCCCACUCCAGCUCAGCUCUGCCUUGGGUUCCCGCAGAACCCGCCUUGCGGUAGCAAUGGCAGCAGGCUCCGAGGCGACCAUUCCUAAGAUCCUUGCAGCUGGGGCUGGAGAUGAGGAAGGUGAACAUGUCAAACCUUUUACACCAGAGAAAGCAAAAGAAAUUAUCAUGUCUUUACAACAACCUGCCAUCUUCUGUAACAUGGUGUUUGAUUGGCCAGCACGACACUGGAAUGCUAAAUACCUUUCUGAGGUCCUUCAUGGCAAGCGGAUACGAUUCAGAAUGGGGAUGAAAAGCAUCAGCACAGUUCCUCAAUUUGAAACUACAUGUAGUUAUGUAGAAGCUACUCUUGAAGAGUUUCUGACGUGGAACUGUGACCAGUCUAGUAUCUCUGGACCAUUUAGAGAUUAUGAUCAUUCCAAGUUCUGGGCUUAUGCUGACUAUAAAUAUUUUGUCAAUCUAUUUGAAGAUAAGACAGAUAUUUUCCAGGAUGUGAAAUGGUCUGACUUCGGGUUUCCUGGAAGAAAUGGACAGGAAAGUACAUUGUGGAUUGGCUCCUUGGGAGCCCACACACCCUGUCAUCUGGACUCCUAUGGUUGUAACUUGGUAUUCCAGGUACAAGGAAGGAAACGAUGGCAUCUCUUUCCUCCUGAAGAUACUCCUUUCCUUUAUCCAACUAGAAUCCCUUAUGAAGAAUCUAGUGUGUUCAGUAAAAUCAAUGUUGUCAAUCCUGAUUUAAAGCGUUUUCCUAAGUUCCAGAAAGCUCAAAGACAUAUGGUUACACUGAGCCCAGGACAGGUUCUGUUUGUUCCCAGACACUGGUGGCAUUAUGUAGAAUCCAUUGAUCCUGUCACUGUCAGUAUAAACUCAUGGAUCGAACUGGAAGAGGAUCACCUAGCCCGGGUAGAAGAAGCAAUCACCCGUAUGCUUGUGUGUGCCCUGAAAACUGCAGAAAAUCCACAAAAUACAAGAGCCUGGUUAAACCCUACUGAGGUUGAGGAAACAUCCCAUGAAGUGAACUGUUGCUACCUAAAUGCAGCUGUUUCUGCAUUUUUUGAUCGUUGCAGAACAUCUAAGGUAGUUGAAAUCCAAGCAGUGAGAACAGAUGGAGACCACAUGAAAAAGGAAUUCAAUGUGUGCGACCACGUGGAGGUGGGCCAAACAGGUAGCCAGAACUUAACCACAGGAAUAGGCAAACCGGAGGCAACAAGUCACUUUGGGCCAGAUCUGGUCCCUGUAGCACAGAGAUCCGAAGAACCACCUUCACAAAGAGGAGGCAUGUUUGAAAGUGAUGGGAAAGACUUUGAUGACAAGGAUGGAGAACACUUUGGAAAACUGCGUUGUGCCAAGAGACAACAAAUAAUGAGCAACAGUGAAAAUGCCGUUGAGGAAGAGAUUGUCUCAAAUACUACUACGGUUCCUUCUCAAACAUUCAUUUCUACGGAUGACUUGCUGGACUGCUUGGUGAAUCCACAAGUAACCAGGAUAGUGGCACAACUUUUGAUACAAAGAAGAAGUUUAUGAUUCUAGUGGAAGAUGACUUUUAAAAUAACAUUUUUUAAAUAUCUAUUUUUAAGUAGUAGGAUCGUAAAAUAAAGAUGAACCAGCAAAAGUUCAGUUUGCGUGUUUGUAAAUGUAUUUAUCCUUACUGAAUUACAUUUCAGUCUAUUGCCACCGCCUUUCAUGCACAUUUCUCUUUGGCCAAACUGGCUGUUCUUUACUUGUAAGUUUUUUUCCUCCCUCAUGCCAUCCUUUCAGCCUGUCUCAAAUGUAAGUCCCAAGUAUUUCCAGCAGGAAGUAAUCUCUCCAUCAGCCUCAGGGGGCCAGCCUGCUGCUUACUUUUGCAGAUAAAGUUUUACUGGAACA